AUGUCAAGUGGCAACAAUACACAUUGGUGUUACCAAUGCCAACAACCAGUCCGGCUUCGGGGCCGUAACCCAGUAUGCCCAUACUGCUCCGGUGGGUUCGUGCAAGAACUGAGCGAAGUGGUCGAGCCCGGUCCACAAAACAUGGGGACCGGGCCCACUCACUCGCACGAACCGUCCGAGUACGGUUUCAUGGAACCGUACCCGGACCCUAGGAACAGAAUCAUGGAUGCUUUUGCCGAAUUAAUCAGACAAAGAAUGUCUGGAAGAAACCCUAAUUUUGACGUUAGAAGAAGAUCCGAACACGGUGUGGUUCCAUGGUUCAUAUUUGACGGUCAAGCCCCGGCUCGGAUGUCGGCUAAUGACCGGUUCGAGUUCUUUUUUAACGGUGCACCACCGGGUCCACGGCGGUCUAAUGUUAGUAACAUUUUCAUGGGGCCGGGGUUGCAGGAACUGAUUGAACAACUUACGGUUAAUGGUGGUGGGGGUAGUCAGGGCCCACCACCAGCAACCCGGUCAGCGAUUGAUUCUAUGCCAACUAUUCGGAUUAGUAAUAGACAUUUGAACACGGAUUCUCAUUGUCCGGUUUGUAAAGAUAAGUUUGAGUUAGGGUCGGAGGCUAGGCAAAUGCCGUGUAACCAUAUUUACCAUUCUGGUUGUAUUGAACCGUGGUUGGUUCAGCAUAAUUCUUGUCCGGUUUGUCGGGUGGAGUUGCCGGCUCAUGGGAUGAGUAGGGGAAGCAGCAGUGGUGGUGGAGGGGAGGAGAGUGGCGGACCUGGGCGGGGACGGAGGAAUCCGUUAUCGUUUUUGUGGCCUUUUCGCUCGUGA